CGCCGUGUGCAGUGACACUCCCAACGGCAAUGCUGCGGUUGAACUGCGCAUGUACCAAACCCAAAAGCUUCCAACCUUCAUUCAAUAGCCUUGUCCUACAAGCGGAAAUACAUGCAACGUGAUAUGUGACGAGUAUUGUAAACAAAUGUGAAUGUUUUGCUGGCCUGUUAAAGGAAUGCCGGUACAAGAGUCGUUUAUUUGAAGCUCCAGGAUGUUGUGUGAAGUCGUGCUGUCGUCACUAUGGUUCCUGUUUGUUAUCUUCUGGGUCGAGACAAUAAGUGUUUGGCUGUUUCUGUCCAUGUUCUACCAGGAGCGGGCUUUUUACUACUGGGGAGACGGGGUAUUUGCAGAUGAUCCUGGACAGAUAAUAUACAUGUUUAGCAGAGUUGAUAUUCAGACAGAGAUGCAGACCUGAGAUGGAAAAAAUAUCAAGAACUCUGCAGAAAGGACUCAAUAGAGGCUGUUGCAGUUCUUCGACUGAACGACAAAUGAUGGAAAGCAGUAGCUGUUUUUUCUUUGCAUUGACUGCCUUGCACACAGUCCUUGUUAACAUCAUUACAUUUUAAUAAUAGGUGGUGGAGAGUUGCAGCACGAGUGAAGGCGCAACUAAGAUGUAUAGGGAGGUCCUCAAUGGUUGAUGUGUGUCAUACCCACCAAUUUAAAAUGUAUAUUUUCACUUUAAGAUGUUGGGGAAGCAGAAUGAAUGAAGCAUAAAAUGCUUGGUUCGUUUGUUCUUUUUUUAACUCCAUUUUGAGAAGAUGAUGUUUUGAUGAUAGUGCCGUUCUAUGCAACUACAGUUGUUGCUGUCUGCAGCUAUAAUUGUGUUUUAGAUUUAGAUUUACUGCAAUAUCAGAUUGCAGUACAUCUGUUACAAGUUAUAAGUUGUGGCCUUUAUCUGCGGAGGGAUUUUGCUCAGUUGUCAUGUGUCUCUAUCCCGAUAUAAGAACGCAUAUUACAAGACUGAAAUUUCAUGCUGAGGAUACAUGAUAACUGAGCCAUUUGAAUAGCAACUGCUAAAGCUCCAUCUGCUGUUGAAGAUCACAAGAUAGGAUCAAAAGCCCUAAAAGUGGACCUUGUGUUCCCAAUAGUUUUUUUCCGAAAGGAGCAACGUAUUCUGUACACAUAGUAUGUCAAAUGCAGUAUACCAAAAAUAUCCAGAUGUUCUGCUUCUCUGGCAAUUUUACCCUCAAUACUCUGCGCAGCAGAUACAAGCAAGAGGGUCAAAGUGCAGGGUGCACUAUUAUAAGGAGGAGUCUGUCCCAAUUCAAUGCAUACUGCAUGCAACAGUACUUUGUAAGGGCAGCUGCUGUAUGUACUAAAAGUAAAAAAUCAGGAACACAGCCCUGAUUUGUGUGUCUAAAGACAAAGAUAAUAGUGGGGAGAGUAUGCCCCAUGUUAGGACUCCUCCCUCAGAGCAAUAUGUCAGUAUUAUAUCUAGUUAAUGAAAUAAAAUGUGAACUUAUACAUUUUAAAUACACAACUCUUUGCAAGCCUGUCAGAUUAUUGGUCUGCCUAAAUAUUUUUGCAUUCCUUCUCUGUCAAUUAAAGAGUUUGCUUUUGAAUAAAACCAGCAGAUAGUUUGGGUGUCAUUUUGAGACGAACAAUGUCAAUAUUGUUUUGUAAACAUAUGCUAAAUAAAAGUAUUUUUAAGUGCAACAUUUGUUUUUCUGAGUGCUCCAUUACGCAGCCUAACACCUCACAUGCCAGGUCAGUAGGGGUCGCUCACGAGCCUCCUCAGACCUGUGAAAGUCAGUCCACCACCGGGGUCAUCGGCCUAUGCUGCCGGGUCGGAAUAAUAAUGCAGUAUACAUUGUGAUUAAAGUCAGAUGUAAUAGUUGUUGGUAGAUUUACGUGCAUCGAGGACUUUGUUAGUCAUCUGGCGUAUUAUUGUUGAUUAUUUGUGCAAACAAAUAACUGUUUUCAGUUGUGAGCAUUUUGUCGUAAACAUGGCUCCAACGAUUCAGACACAAUCUCAACGAGAAGACGGCCACAGUAGGCCAUCCUCUCACAGAACUGUUCCAGAGAGGUCAGGGGUGGUCUGUCGAGUGAAGUACUGCAACAGCCUUCCUGACAUCCCCUUUGACCCCAAAUUCAUCACAUAUCCGUUUGAUCAGCACAGGUUUGUACAAUAUAAAGCCACUUCUCUAGAGAAGCAACACAAACAUGAGCUCCUGACUGAGCCAGACCUCGGGGUCACCAUUGACCUCAUCAACCCAGACACCUACCGCAUAGACCCAAAUAUACUGCUGGAUCCUGCUGAUGAAAAACUGUUGGAAGAGGACAUCCAGGCUCCAUCCAGUUCGAAGAGGUCACAGCAGCAUGCCAAGGUGGUCCCGUGGAUGAGAAAGACGGAAUAUAUUUCAACGGAGUUCAACAGAUACGGCGUUUCCAACGAGAAAGUGGAAGUCAAGAUUGGUGUAUCUGUCAAACAGCAGUUUACAGAAGAAGAAAUCUACAAGGACAGAGACAGCCAGAUUUCUGCUAUUGAGAAAACAUUUGAGGAUGCACAGAAAGCGAUUGCACAGCACUACAGUAAACCCAGAGUUACUCCUGUGGAGGUCCUACCUGUGUUCCCCGACUUCAAGAUGUGGAUCAACCCAUGUGCUCAGGUCAUCUUUGACUCUGAUCCUGCACCUAAAGACCAUACAGCUCCACAAGGAGUGGAAAUGAUGUCUCAGGCCAUGAUCAGAGGUAUGAUGGAUGAGGAAGGAAAUCAGUUCGUGGCUUACUUCCUGCCCCAUGAAGAGACAAUCCGCAAGCGGAAGAGAGACAGCGAUGAGGGGAUGGAUUAUAUGCCUGAGGACUUGUAUGAUUACAAGAUAGCCAGGGAGUACAACUGGAAUGUCAAGAACAAAGCCAGCAAGGGUUAUGAGGAGAACUACUUCUUCAUCUUCAGAGAUGGAGAUGGUGUUUACUACAAUGAGCUUGAGACACGGGUGCGUCUGAGCAAGAGGAGAGCCAAGGCUGGAGCACAGUCGACCACUAACGCAGUGCUGGUGUGUAAGCACAGAGACAUGAACGAGAAGGAACUCGAAGCCCAGGAUGCACGUAAAGCUCAGCUGGAGAACCAUGAGCCAGAAGAUGAAGAGGAAGACUUGGAUAAGGACCUGCAGGACUCUGGUGAUGAUAAAGAGAAGGGCAGCGGCAGCGAGGCAGAGAACUCCGGCAGUGAAUCCGAGAGGGAAGACGAAGAGCGCGAACAGAAGCCAGAGGAGGGAGAAGAGGAGGCGGUGGCGGCGGCGGCCCCAGAGAAGCGGAAGAGGAAGGCGAGCGGCAGCGGGAGUGAGAGCGGCGAGGAUAGGACCAGAGAGAUGCGAGACGAGGAGGAGAUCUUCGGCAGCGACGACGAAAACGACAGCGACAACAACAAGAACUCCGGAGCCAGCGGGGAGGAGGGCAGCGGAAGUGAGGAUGAGAGAGGGAACAGAGGAGGCAGCAGGAGUCGCAGCGCCUCUCCAGCACACAGUGAGCGCAGCAGUGACCACUCGGAGACCCGGGCCCAGAGUGGGAGUGGAAGUGAGAGAGGCUCAGAUUCCAGUGGUGACAGUGACAGUGAAUAGAAUCUGUAGUACGGACACCUUUCUUACCUUUACAUUCAAACACGGCAGUGUUGCGCUGUCACUGACCUUGGUAUUAGCUCAGUCUGGGGAUGUAGUUUCUUGAUAAUUGCAAAUGUCAAAUUAAAUUUGUGUGGGAGAUGCUCAUUGUUUUUGGACUGGGGACAUCUCUCUUCAAUCCUGUUUUUAACUGUAGAUUCAACUUUCGCACCUGUAGCCAUUUGUCCACCAUUCAUAUUGUUUUGUCCGUCAGAUCAUGGAUCACAGGAUCAUGUAAAAAUGUCUCUCGGCUUUUGACUUGUCUUUGUGUUACGGCUUUAAAAGUGAUAAUAAAAUGCAGGUGACAUUUUGUAAGAAA